UUGUGAUCGAUGUAAAAAUGGAUUUUGGGAAAUGAGAAAAGAAGAUCCUGAUGGUUGUCGGCCCUGUUCUUGUAAUCUAAUCGGUACUUAUGGGAACGAAGGUUGUGACAAAGUGACGGGAAAGUGUACAUGUAAAGCUCUUGUAAUGGGAGAACAAUGUGACCAUUGUCUUCAAGAACAUUAUGGACUAAGUGUUGAUGAUCCUAAUGGAUGCAAGCCUUGUGAUUGCGAUCCUGGUGGGGCUUAUGACAAUCACUGCGAUAGUGCUGAGGGUAUGUGCCGUUGCAGGCCAAAUUAUAGUGGGAGACGCUGUAAUACAACAGAAAGUGGAUAUUUCUGUCCAUUUAUUGAUAAAUAUACUUUUGAAGCUGAAUUCAGCAUUUUACCAUCAAAUGCUGAGCAAGUUCCAAGAGAAUAUUCAGUAGAUCGUCCAUGGACUUGGACUGGGGAAGGAUUUGUUAGAGUUCAUGAGAAUACAAAUCUCAGCUUUUUUGUGGAAGGAUUGCAAAAGACUGGACAUUAUAAUUUUGUUAUACGUUAUGAAUUACUUGACCCUAAUGAUCCUAUUGGAUGGGAGGAUGUUAGUCUAACAAUUGUUCGUCCAGGGGAUCCCAGUCCAGAUGGAGUUUGUGCAAAUAUUAUUCCAUCAGAUGAUUUUCUAAUUGCUCGACUUCCCAGUAGAAGUAAAUUCACAGAAAUAAUGCCUGCGGUCUGUCUAGAAGCUGGUGUUCGCUAUGAAAUUCGUCUUAAUUUUGGUGAAAAACGAUCGGGAUAUCCUGAUAGACAGGCACAAGCUCUUAUUGACUCUCUUGUAAUUGCACCUCAAACUGAUACUUUAGAAUUAUUUAGAGGAUCAGAAAUGAAUGAAUAUAGGAAACAAAUUUAUGAUCGGUUUCAAUGCCGUGCUUUAUCCCUUUCUGGCACCCCAGCCUCUCAAAUGCCACUUCCCUGUCUUGACCUUGUUUGCCCAAUGAAUGGUCCAAUUGUUGGGGAAGCUGUUAGUUGUGAUUGUGACUUAACUGGAUCUACAUCUGGUAUUUGUAAUGCUAAAGGUGGUCAGUGUGAAUGUAAACCUAAUGUUGUUGGGAGACGUUGUGACCGUUGUGCUGCAGGUACUUAUGGAUUUGGUCCUUCAGGCUGUACUCCUUGUAAUUGUGACUCGGUCGGUGCACUUUCCAAUGCAUGCGACAAACAAUCUGGACAGUGUGUAUGCCGUGAGCGAGGCAUUACCGGACGUCAAUGUGACCAAUGCCAACCAGGAUUUUGGAAUUUCCCAGAAUGCCGAACAUGUCAGUGCAAUGGACAUGCUUCGAUUUGUGAGCAACGCACCGGUGCUUGCAUGGAUUGUCGUAACCUUACUGACGGAGCUCAUUGUGAGCGUUGUGUGGAUGGAUAUUAUGGAGAUCCUAGACUGGGUGUAGGCAUUCCUUGCAAGCCUUGCCCAUGUCCUGGAGGCCCCGGCUCUGGAUAUCAACAUGCUGAUACUUGUUAUAUUGCACCACAGAAUCAAUCAGUUGUCUGUAACUGCAAACAUGGCUAUAUUGGCCAAUAUUGCGACCAAUGUCAGGUCAACUUUUGGGGAAAUCCACGAGAAAUUGCAGGAUCUUGUGAAAAAUGUCAUUGCCACGAUAAUAUAGAUUUUAAUGUUCCAAAUAGCUGUGAUCAAAUGACUGGGGACUGUCUCAAAUGUCUUCACAAUACUGGAGGUGAUCAAUGCCAACACUGUCUUGAGGGAUUCUUUGGAGAUGCUCGGAGCCGUACUUGUGUCCGUUGUGUUUGCAAUCAUUUAGGGACUAAUUCAAGUGCCGGGUCAUGUGAUCGUGUUACUGGGCAAUGCCCUUGCUUCCCUAAUGUUGUUGGGCUUCAAUGUGAUCAAUGUGCACCUUUACAUUAUGAUUUGGCUAGUGGACGAGGUUGUUCCGCAUGUAAUUGUGACACUAAUGGUGUGAUCGUCGAUCCUAACACACAAGAACCCUUCCUGAAAUGUAACGAUAUCGAUGGCCAAUGCCAUUGUAAGCCUGGACGUGGUGGAAGAACUUGCUCUGAUUGUCAAGAUUUGUAUUGGGGCGAUCCUGUUCAUGGUGAAUGCCAGCGGUGUGAAUGCGAUCCCUACGGCUCUACAACACUUCAAUGCCAUAGACAAAAUGGAACUUGCAUCUGCAAGCCAGGGAGUGGUGGCCCAAAAUGUAAUGAAUGUGCUCGGGGUUAUACUGGUCAAUGGCCACAUUGUCAAGCUUGUGGUGAAUGCUUUGACAAUUGGGAUUCUAUUUUACAAGGAUUACGAGUUGAUUUGGAAAGACUUGUUGAGAGGGCUUUGAAUAUUGAAGAUACAGGUGAGUAG